GAGGAUGCUCGCCAAUUCUUUGCCCUGGCUGGCCAGGCAGAUGAGGGCGAGCUGUCUCCGGAACUUUCUGCAAUCAUGAAGCGGCUGUGGAAAGACGUGGGUGUACAAGAAUGCUUUAGUCGGUCUAGAGAAUAUCAGCUCAAUGACUCUGCUGAAUACUACCUGAAUGCCUUGGACAGAAUUUCUGCCCCAGGGUACAUACCAACAGAGCAGGAUGUAUUGCGGACCAGAGUUAAAACAACGGGCAUUGUUGAAACCCAUUUCACCUUCAAGGAUUUACACUUCAAAAUGUUUGACGUGGGAGGUCAAAGAUCAGAGAGGAAGAAAUGGAUCCAUUGUUUUGAAGGGGUGACAGCUAUUAUCUUUAUUGUGGCUAUGAGUGAGUAUGGACCUGACAUUGGCCUGAGGAUCAGGAAAUGUGAUGGGGAUUAUGAAACUGAUUUUGUCUGCAACAACAAAGGGCUAACUUUUUUGUCUUUGUUAAUCUGUUUUCAGAACCGAAUGAUGGAGAGUAUGAAGCUGUUUGACUCUAUCUGUAACAACAAAUGGUUUACUGAGACCUCCAUUUAUCCUCUGAUAAUAAAAAAUCUCUCUCUCGUCGCUCUCUAA